UUUCGAAAUUUCAUACAAUCGUAAUCAAUAAUCUUGAUGCUCAUCGCUGAGCCAGUUUGUCGCCGUUGUGUGGAUGGAUGAAGAAUUCUUAUCGUCACUUCUUGUUUGUUAGGUGCUGGAUGCGCCACAAUGGCCGAAAUUAUCAGGUUUACCGAUUGCCAUGUGCUGCGUGAGAAAGGACUGGUCAAAGAGGACCUCUGGGUGAGAAAUGGGAAAAUUGCAGAUCCACUGAAGUUAUUUUACAAUGAGAAACUACGUGAAACUGUGAAGGUGAACUGCAAAGGUGGAAUAGUAGCACCAGGAUUUAUAGACGUACAGAUAAACGGUGCGUAUGGCUUUGAUUUCUCUUCGGAUCCUGCGAACAUUGGUGAGUCCCUGAGGCAGGUGUCAAAACGUUUACUUCGCCAUGGCGUUACGGCGUUUUGCCCAACUGUUGUGACAUCAUCCCCGGAGAUGUACAGGCAGUUGCUGCCGCACAUGAAACGCACAGAUGGCGGAGCUGAUGGUGCAGCCAUAAUCGGUGUCCACCUAGAGGGACCGUUCAUCAGUAAAGAAAAGAAAGGCGCGCACAACGAGUCCUUCAUCCAAGACGCGGGAGCGAUAACACCGGAGGAGGUGCAGGGAGCGUACGGUAGCUUGGACAACGCCAGCAUCGUUACUGUAGCCCCGGAACUGAAUGGACUUGGCGAUUGUUCCAUGAUCCAGUGGUUGAGCAAGGAGCAGAAUGUGUGCGUGUCGCUGGGUCACAGCAUAGCAGAUCUGAAGGUGGCAGAGGGUGCCGUUGCCUGCGGGGCGCGCUUCAUCACGCAUCUGUUCAACGCCAUGCUGCCGUUCCACCACCGCGAUCCAGGACUGGUCGGGCUGCUCAGCGCCGGUGAUGUCUUCUACGGUGUGAUUGCCGAUGGUGUGCACACGCACAAGGCUGCGCUGCACUUGGCGUACCACUCUCACCCCAACGGUCUUGUACUGGUGUCGGACGCCAUGGCCGCGGCAGGUCUCGGCGCAGGCUAUCACAAGCUGGGAACGCUUCAAGUACAUAUGACGGAAGACGCCGAUGGGCUGCUGUGCGCACGGCUCGCCGAUCAACAAGAGACGCUUGCUGGCAGUGUGGCCAUGCUGGACUUCUGCGUGCGUUGGUUCCAUGAAGCGUCGCACUGCAGCCAGGCCGAGGCACUGCGAACAGCCAGUACACAUCCAGCCAGUCUACUCAAGCUGGAAUCGAAGGGAAGCCUUGACAUUGGAAAGGAUGCUGACCUUGUUAUCCUUGAUCAGGAUCUCAAUGUGGAGAGAACAUUCAUAGCUGGUCAGCAAGUCUGGCCAGAGGCGAUGUGUGCAUGAUUGAUGUACUCGUUGUGCACUCUGCUAUCUUGCAUCGAAGCACAUUGUUUCCCUUUGAUGCAAUGAGGAACUUGACAAUUGUCCAAUCGUUCUUCGCUUGUGAUAAUGAUGUUUGCGCUUUCCAUGUCAGCGGAAGCAGCGAUGAAUAUAGCGUGUCGACGUGAUUUCGAAGUCCGGAACCUACGAACUCAGUUGAUAGGGUGGACUGCUGUCUGGCAUGGCUGACGUCUGUGUCUAAGCUGCCACCGCCCCACCUGAGCUUCUCCUCGCUCACCUUGCCACACGGGUGUGUUCAGUUUCGUCCUGUUUAGAGAGUACUGGCCGAGAGUUACUGUUGCCGGUAGUACGCUUGAGUAGGUUGAGUGCGAUUGACAGAGGCGAUCUUGCAAUUGUACCGUUUUCUUGGUGUGUUGUUGUUAAUACACUAUAGACAGACAGUGUAGUGUGUGUAGGUAUCGGCAGCAGCACAAGGUGCCCAUUGUAAGUCGGUUACAGUCCUCAGUCAAUAUAAAAUAGCUAUAGCAACUUGCCAAGGUCUUAUAGAUUAUAGUUCAGAGGUAUGUUUACAGAGCUCAUCGCAUGUGCUUGUCCAUGCUCGAAUAUUUAUGAUAGUUUGCCUUGCAUCCCCCAUUUAAGGUUUAACUCUCCACGGCUACUUUGUCUGGCUCUCUCUCUCUCUCUUUCUCUCUCUCUUCUCUCUCUCUCUCUCUCUCUCUCUCUCUCUCUCUCUCUCUCUCUCUCUCUCUCUCUCUCCCUCUCUUUCCUUCUCUCUCGCACACACAUGCAGGGGCACACCUACUUUUAUUAUUCUUGACAUGUCACCCGAACAAAAAUCAUAGUGAUUACAUAAUCUGGCAGAUCCAUGGCUGACAACCACAUUCUCGCCAUGCUGUUCACGUUAAUUUACGGUAAUUCUUUCAUGUCCACUCAUGUGUCAUGUUUGCUUGAUCAGGUACUGUGGCUUGUAACAUAGCUUCUCUAAAUAUGGCACCCUCUCUUCUUCCUCCUCUUUUCUCUUUCUUCUUCUUGUCUUCUUGUCGGCUACUGCGGUUCUGCUUGCUCUCAACUGUUUCUUAGUUUUUUUUCUUAUCUCUUAAAAAAAACUUUGGACACUGAUGAAAGGGCAAUUACUGCUACCUGCUCAUUCCUGUUCUGUAAUGCUUGACAGUUGCAUCUGCUCUUUUGCCCUCUGUGCAGUUUCAAAUAUCUGCAGCUUCCUCUGCGAAUUGGGCAAGGUUCAAUUUUUUUCUAACAGGGCGUUUUUACGUGAAGUGCUUACGACUCAAGUCAUUCAUUUAUCACCGAGCUGGUGAGUGGAUGGUAUGCCUGUGUUCUGGUGUGUGCGCGCUGGAUGGCUGUUUAGUCCUGGA